ACGUUCAAUCCGCGCUCUCGAAGGAGGCAGUGAAUCAAAACUUUGCAUUCGAGAGGAAAGUAAGAAAUCAUCGAGCUUUCUGCCUGAACAACACACGGAAGAUGCAACAUUUAUAACGCAACAACCUUUGUUCGCCACGAGAUUGGACUCGAACGAAUUGCCGGCAGUUGCCAGGUAGGGAAGUACUUUACUGCCAAUAAACACUAUGUACAUAAUAUGUUGUUUUGAAAGAGUAACGUCUUUAAUUAACAAAAGGUUAAAUGUCAGAUUUAGUUUUAUGGUAUAUUUUGAAGCUAUAUUUUGGCUAUAGCCUUAACUUUUCGUCCAUUUUUAGCGACUUUUCCAUUUUUUAUAAAUGGCAAAAAACAGCAAAAAAAGUAAGGCUACAGCCUUAAAUUUUCGUCCAUUUUCAGCGACUUUUUCCAUUUUUCAUAAAUGGGCAAAAAAGAGCAAAAAAGUAAGGCGCCUUAACUUUUCUUCCAAUUUCAGCGACUUUUUCCAUUUUUCAUAAAUGGCAAAAAAACAGCAAAAAAGUAAGGCUACAGCCUUUACUUUUCAUCCAUUUUUAGCGACUUUUUUCCAUUUUUCAUAAAUGGGCAAAAAAGAGCAAAAAAGUAGGGCUAUAGCCUUAACUUUUCUUCCAUUUUUGGCGACUUUUUCCAUUUUUCAUAAAUGGGAAAAAAAACAGCAAAAAAGUAAGGCUAUAGCCUUAACUUUUCUUCCAUUUUCAGCGACUUUCUCCAUUUUUCAUAAAUGGGAAAAAAACCCAGGAAAAAAGUAAGGCUAAAUAAAGCCUUAACUUUUCGUCCAUUUUAUAGCCUUAACUUUUCUUCCAUUUUCAGCGACUUUCUCCAUUUUUCAUAAAUGGGAAAAAAAAAACAGGAAAAAAGUAAGGCUAAAUAAAGCCUUAACUUUUCGUUCACUUUUAGCGACUUUUUCCAUUUUUCAUAUAUGGGAAAAAACAGCAAAAAAGUAAGGCUAAGUCGAUAAAAAUGAACGAAAAGCUCUGGCUAUAUUUAGCCUUAGUUUUUUGCCCAUUUAUGAAAAAUGGAAAAAGUCGCUAAAAAUGGACGAAAAGUUAAGGCUAUAGCCAGGGCAUUUUUUAACUAUAUAACUGGGGGGGCAAAGCCCCCCCCCCCAGCCCCCACGGUGGCCCCCCCCACUCAACCAUUUUGCCCCCCCCAGUCAAAGUCCCUUUUCUCUAAAAUAUAAGCAAAACAUGGAGAUUAGAAGGGAGGUUUGAUAUUCUAGUAACUGAAAUUUGCUUUGUGAAUCUUAUGUCCUGUCUUUUAUGUUUAAUAAAUACCUUAUUAGAUUUUAAACAUUUCCCAGGCAGUGGAUUGCAUUUCCCAGACCCUAUAGGCUAUAGAUUUGAGUUGUUGGACAAGUUAGUGACUGCAGGGGGCAACAGGCCCUCAACCAAGUGUUUUAUAAGGGGGGGGAUAAUUUUGGCCCCCCCCCCCACCAAAAAAAACCAAUUUGAUUUCGAAACUAGAAGUAUUUGAAAUCAUAUAUACAUAUAAUCAAAUAUCUGUAAUCGAUAUUUUUAUAACAUUUCUCGUAAUAAUCCAUCCUGACUCGCGGAUAUCAUAGACUUGCAAAUCAUAAUGAACGAAUUAAUGAAAGGGCCUAACAAAAGACGUAUAGAAGACUUUGAAAAUGCCAUUUCCGACGAUUUAGAGAUGCAAAAUUUUCAAAAAAUUUUCGCUCUGCGCCAACCAUGGUGGCGCUUCGUGGGAGUCGGGAACUCUAAGUUUAUCAAGCUGGCUCCCUAAGUGACGGCCAAGUUGUCGUAUCUACAUAAACAUACUAUGCAAGUACUUAAUUAACUGAAGGUUCAGUCUAUCUACAGCAUAAUGUAAUGCUGUAUAUCCAAAAAUCUGUUUCAGAAAAUGCAGGGAAUUGCAGUCAUAGGGGUAGAAAAAUACAAAAAUUUUCUGGGAGAGAAAACCUCAGACCCUCUCCAGGGCCGUAGCAACCGCAGGGGGGGAGGGCUGGGGAGCUGCAGCCCCCCAAUAAUUUGCUAAUAAUCAUUCAUUUUUCAAAAUCAUGCUCUCCUUUAUCAUUUAAUUCAUGACAAACUGCAAAGAAUGAAGAUAUUAACCAUACUUUCCUGCAACUUAUCCAAUAUAUUGUUAAUUAAAUAAGCCUUCGCCCAUUUAGUACUACUGAAUUCUAAAUUUCCACAUACUAAAAACGCUGUUUUCUGACAAUCAGAAAUCUGUCAAAUCUUCCCCAAAGUCCAGGAAAUGGCAUGUCAGAGACUCUAAAUUUAAAAAUUUCCUCGGGCCUUCGGCCCUCGCUUUCAGCCCCCCCAAACGAAAAGAGCUUCCUACGGCCCUGCUCUCCCCCCCUACUAUUAAAUGCGAUACCACACCAAACGUUUUGUUACCAACAAACCAUCUAUCAUUGCUCCACACUCGGUAUAGUAUGGUCCCUUUUUGUAGAUGGCCCCCCCACUGACGAAUUCUUAAAAAAUGCCCUGGCUAUAGCCUUACUUUUUUGCUGUUUUUUUUCCCAUAUAUGAAAAAUGGGAAAAGUCACUAAAAAUGGACGAAAAGGUAAGGCUAUAUAUAGCCUUACUUUUCUUCCAUUUUCAGCGACUUUUUCCAUUUUUCAUAAAUGGGCAAAAAACAGCAAAAAAGUAAGGCUAUAGCCCAGGGCGAAGGGAGAGAGGGCGUAGAAACGGCCAUACAUCGAGCGGACCCAUCCGUGAUGCGGGCUUUGCGGGGGGUAAGACGUUCUAAUUGUAAACAAAUAUGGCUACUCGUAUUAUGUUUGUUUUAACAGCUUUAUUGAACGAUGUUCAAACGGCAAGAGUGCGAACGGGACUCAAGACCCAUGCGAGGCACUCUCCCUCUUGAAUUUUGUUUACAUCUAAUAUCAUUAUUUACAAAAAAUUUAUAAAUUGGUAAACAUAUACCAGCUGAUUAAUAAAUCAAAUUAGGAAGAUAUUGCACCACAUUUAAGUUAUCAUACAUAAUACAGAUUUGUAUAAUCAUGUUAAAAAUUUGAAAACUGAAUCAGGAUAAAACAAACCCUGACACGAGGAGCUGGUAUAUGUUUACAUCAGAAUUAAUUAUUUCUAUGGCAUGAACAGCUACGAUAUAAAGACCACGUACAGCACAUGUCCACAUCAAAACUACUACUUAAUAAAUUGAAGUAUGUUCUUGAUAAGAAGGAUUUAAACGUUGCCAAACUGCGAAGAUCUCUAGGAGAAGCAAUUUUGCAAGUAUGAUUCCAGAGUGGAACAAUACGGUUAAAGAACGAUGUCUGAAAAGUGCUACUUUUACAUGACGGAACUUUAAGCACUAGAGAAGGAUUAUUACAAUUACGGGUACGACUAUGAUUAACAAAUGACACAAAAUUGAAAACAUCCAAAUCAUAAAAACCAUGCAAAGUUUUAAACAUAAAUGUCAGAUCCUUAAUUUCCCUGUCAAACACCAGUGGUAAAAGAUUCAGAGCCAGCAAUAUGUCCUUGUAGGUUAUGUCACCUUUCUUCGAUUGAAGGAUCCAUCUUGUUGCACGCCUUUGGACUUGCUCCAGAUAUAAUUUGUUAUUAUUUUGGGAGGGAGACCAAACCUCUGUGGCAUAGCAUAAUUGCGACUUGACGAGCGAAAGAUACAGAGUGCGCCGGAUACUGCGAUCUGUUAACAAGGGGCAUGUUCUUCUAAGCAAACCCAGCAACCUGUUCGCCUUGACUUUUAUUUUGUUGAUAUGGUUGUCCACUCUCUCCUCCGCAGAGGCUUUAGUUUUCUAGGAUUUAAUAUUACGAUGAGAUACAUUUCACUACUUCAUCAUUCACACGCUUCAAUUGGCUUAUUGCAUUUUUAAACCACACACCCCCUUCCUAAAAUUCAACAAAAAAAGACGGAAUUUCCAAGGGAGGGUCUAAAUUUUAAAGAAAAUCUGUGGAAAUUCCACGGGGUAGGUUAAAAAAACAACAUGGAAAUUCCAAGGGAUGGUUAGCUAUUAAACAAAAAAUGUGGAAAUUCCAGAGACUAGGUCAAAACCAUUGGUGGAAUUUCCAAGGGAUGAGUAGAAAUUCGUUAAAAAUCUGUGGAAAUUCCAUGGGGUAGGCUGGAAAUUUGUAAAAAAUCGCGGAAUUCCAGGGGGUAGGGCGGAAAUUCAUCAACAUCUGCGGAAUUCCAGGGGAGGGGGUCCAAAAAAUGGAUGUCCUCCAUAGGGGGGGUGUGGUGGAUUAAAAAUGCAAUAAGCCAUUCGGAUGAUGCCGAUGAUCCCAGAUAAUACUCGAAAAGAAAAGGAGUUUUACGGCGGGAGAAUGUCAAUAUUUUACAUUUCGUAUAUGACCCAUCAGAAGGUAUGCUGAAACUAUUGCUUUAUAAAAUAUUACUUGUGUAAAAUUUAUAUGUUUUUGUUACUUUCAGCUAUUAUAAGAAACUUAAAGAUAAGAUUUAAGUAAGAAAAAACUUCAUUUCGGGUGUUAUUUUAUUUAUAUACUCUGUUUAAUUUGGUGGUUAAAAAUGGCCGUCGAAAUGUUGUCCGAGAGUGUUAGCGCGCACUGCUUCCUGAUAAAAACCCAAUGAUUUCCAAAACCUAAAUUAUAAUUUUUUAUUAAGUUAUGAUGAAAACCUUUGCGUAUACAAAAUUAUAGAGUGAGCAAACAUGAGACAGAUAGGUUUUGAACCUUUCAAAGUUCGAGGUCGAAUUGACAGUUGAAAUAGUACCAAACUCCAAGCUGAAAUGUGCAACUAAAUCGUGUAUAUUUUUGUCAAUAUUGUUCGCUGGCUUUGUUAAAUUCACUUGCAAUGGCUCGACAUCAGUUACAACAUACAAACUGAGCAGAGCCCAUGAAAGAGCUAUCCAUAGUCCACACAGUCAUUCGCUUCCUUGCUAUUUAGAAAUUGUUGCCCAUUAGUUGAAGAAGAAUUGCUAUUGUAUGCGCUUGUUUGCACUUCCUUUUCUGAAAAAAGUCUACAAUAUUAAGGCUAAAUAGCAGAAAAAUAUGACCCAAUAAUCCAUGCAAUUAAAAAUAUCUAUCAAAUUAACUUCAAAAAUCAUGAUUUGGGAAUUAUAUCUAUUCAGGCAAUCAACCCAUAAUUUAGUGACAGAUCUUGGGAUUGGUGUACCGAUACUACAAAACUAUAUUGACUGAAGUUUUGGAAAAAUUUAGCCAACUUUUGAAGGAUUUUAUUAGGUCCAGUUCACAUGAGACUGGAACGAAGUCGAUUAACCGGGACCAUUUCGUGUUGGUCAUUAGAUUAUAUAUAAUAGAUGUUUACAUGAGGUCUCAAGUCAUUCUGCCUGCUGGGCCAAGCCGACUGAGUCAGACCAGUAUGAAUUCAGACUGGAAUGAAUGUUGACAUUGGAACAAGUGAACAACACAUGCUAACAAAAGUCGUCUAAAAAAGAAAAUUGCCUGGCAAGGGGAAUAAAUUGAAAAUUUUGUGAUUUUCAUACUGGUCUCAUGUAAACAUGUUGACAUGCAAUUUCAAUUUUCAUUCCAGGUUGGUUUCAUCCUGGUCUCAUGUAAAUGGGGCCUUACAAACUGUGAUUCAGUAUCAUGGGAUGAGAUUAGGGGCCUGUUUAUAUGAUCCCGGCCAGGCGGACGGGAUGCUUACCGAGAUCCCGCUCGUAAUACAAAUGCUAAAGAGUGUUUAUAUGAUCCUGCCACUUAUCCCGCCUAGACUGGAUUUCGGCAACAGAUGCCGGGAUCCUGCCUAAGCGAGAUGAAAAAUUCCCAUAUAAAAACACUUUAUCCCGCCUACACGGGUAAAAAUUGAUCAUGUUGUUCGGUGUUGUUCAAAACAGGAACGACCAAUGUUGUGCUGCACCCCGUGAACAAUAUUGUUAACAAGUUGUUCAACCAUCAGUACUGUUGCAACUUGUUAACAUGAUUGUCAACAAGUUGCAACAAUGUUGAUUAUUCAACAACUUGUUAACAAUAUUGUUCACAGGGUGCAGCACAACAUUGUUCGCUCCUGUUUUGAACAACUUGCAUCAACAUGAUGAUUUUUACGUGUGUAGCCGGGAUGAAAAAUUCCCAUAUAAACACUUCAUCCCGGUUAGGCGGAAUGAAUUUUUCCCUUUUGGACAUGCGUAAAUGCCUUUAUUGCAACAAAAAUAUGACGUCAAGCACCGAAUGGUUUCAUCCCGGCAAUGUAUUUUGUCCAUAUAAACACUAGGCAAGUAUCCUGUCUUGGCGGGAUGAAAACGUCCCGUCCCAUCUAGGUGGGAUCAUAUAAACAGGCCCUAAGGAAUUGAAAGAUUUUAUAAGCGAGCAAUGCUUAAAAGCAAGAUAUAUACAGUAAAAAAUGAAAGAAAUGGCACUAACAGAGCCACAACUUCUCCAGAAGUGUAAAAUUCCAGGAUACUGAAUCACAGUUUGCAAGUCAAUCCUUCAAAAUUUAGUUAAAUGUUUCCAAAACUUCAGUCAAUAUAGUUUUGUAGUACACCCAUCUUAAGGGUUCCUUUCAGCUUUCACCUUGCCAAGACCUGUCACUAAAUUAUGGGUUGCCUGAAUAGAUAUAUGGUCAUGAUUUUUGAAGUUAAUUUGAUAGAUAUUUUUAAUUGCAUGGAUUAUUGGGUCAUAUUUUUCUGCUAUUUAGCCUUAAUAUUGUAGACUUUUUUUAGGAAAGGAAGUGCAAACAAGCGCAUACAAUAGUAAUUCUUCUUCGACUAAUGGGCAACCAUGCACUUCUAAAUAGCAAGGAAGCUGAAUGACUGUAGGGGUAUGGAUAGCUUUUUCAUGGGCUCUGCUCAGUUUGUAUGUUGUAACUUAUGUCGAGCCAUUGCAAGUGAAUUUAACAAAGGCCAGUAAACAAAAUUGACAAAAAUAUACAUGAUAAAGUUGCACAUUUCAGCUUGGAGUUUGGUACUAUUUCAACUGUCAAUUCGAUAUCGAACUUUGAAAGGUUCAAAACCUAUCUGUCUCAAGUCUCAAGAGCAACAUUUGGACAUAUCCUGAUAUACUCGAGUUUCCCGAUUGAUUGUUUGUCAUUGACAUUGUUAACAAAAAUUUAAAUUUCGCCUACUGCAUUGCUCUAGCACUUUAUAUACACCAAUUGUUUGCUCAACAUGCGAGAAGAUGAUCACAAUAUUCUACGUAAACAUCGUAAAGUUCAACGCUAUAGUUUCCAAAAUAUAUCCACACACAAGUAACAAAUUUCAAGUUUCAAUGCAAACAAUAUAUUCCAAUGCAUGUGCAAGGGCUUUCCCCAGUAGCUAAUCUCUCAAUAAGGCCGCUUCCAAUUGGCUCUAACUCUUUUGAACACUGCCAGAUGAUUGGCUCCUAAAACAAAGGGAAUUGAAUAUGCAGCUCGGGUAAGCAGACGAUAGUAAUUCGUUGCUUGGCAUAAGAAUAACAACGUCUGUGAGCAGGCUAAGAAUCAGGUGCCAUACUUCAGUACGAUUAUUGGGUCAUACUAAUUACCGACAAUUACUGAUAACAAGCACGCAAUUACCGACAACAAGUAGGGGUGCACCUGAUUUGGAAUUUUCAAAUCCGGCUGGAACCGGAUUUGGGCAAAAAUUCCGGCCGGAUUUGAGAUAAACCGGUAAUGGUCCCAAUUGGGUAUAAAUUGUGAUAAUUCAGUAUUCAAAUGGCGGUUUAUGUUUUUUACUAUUUUUAGUUAGUGUCAGUUUAGAUUUUUGAUUGUGUUUAAACCUUUUUUAAAUAUAUUUUUGUUAAUAACUUAAUAUUUUAUAAUAAUAUAAGUGUUUUUUAAACUUUAAAGCUGCCAAAUUGAUGGCUUACCCCAUUCUUGAAUAUUUUGAGGUGAAAACAGAAAUUUAAAUCCGGCCGGAUUUUGUCCAAAUCCGGCUGGAUGGGCGGAAAAUUUGUUAAAUCCGGCCGGAUUUGAAAUCUGGUGCACCCCUAACAACAAGCACAAAAUUACCGACAACAAGCUGAAAAAUACGGACAACAAGCAAAUACAUACUUUCAUUGUAUUCUUAUAGUUAUUUGGUUGUUUUUGAGGAAACCCAAAAUAUAUAAGUUUGACAGAUUUUGUCAAACAUUGUUGAGUUAAAACAUUCCGCUAUUAAAGAUGAUGGAUUCACGUAGGCAGACACCAUAUAAAAGUAUAGAUAGGAAACGAAAUUUCAAGUAGAAAAUCAGUAUUAACUAACCUAUUAUCUAUAAUAAUAUAACUACCAACUUCUAUAAAGUGUGUAUGCGUAUAAUGUGUCUAAAAUGUUUAAUAGUAACAAACAGAAACAAGCUAUAAAUUAUAUUUUAUCACCAUGCAAACAUAUUAUUAUAUUUAUUAUUAUUAUUAUUAUUAUUUAUUAUCAUUAUAUUUUAUCACCUAUUAUAUUUUAUCACCAUGCAAACAUACAAAGAACUUAUUAAGCUAUAAAUUAUUUACACAAUUAUUCAUACAGCCAUGCAUUCAUACAAAUAACUAUAAGAAUACAAUGAAAGUAUGUAUUUGCUUGUUGUCGGUAUUUUUCAGCUUGUUGUCGGUAAAUCAAAUUGUGUGCUUGUUGUCAGUAAUUUGCUGCUUGUUGUCGGUUGUUGAUGGUAGUUGUUAGUAUGACCACGAUUAUUAGUUCAAUCGAAAAAUCAUUUAUAUUUUCACAUUUGGAAUUUUUUACGAUUGAUCACGAAGAUCAGCGGAUAUUUCUAUACGCUUUCUAGAUAUACUAUUGAAUUUUCCAAACUUUCCAGUCAGGCAAAGUUCCACCCCACACCAUGGAAUUUCAUUUCAGCACCCUAUAUCAUUCUAGAAUACCUUUAUUAAUCAUUUCAGCAACUUCGGCUAGCUUGCGUUGUUUUUGCUAAAUACUGCUCACAGGCUGUUGUCCAAGGGGGGCACCCUCAGUCAUUAACCCCCUCGCCACAUUGCAACAUUAACAAAACAAUCAACCCCACUGCCUCAAAACUCUCUGCCCCUGUCAUACAGCAACCUCCUAGCCAUCUUUAACAACGAUGCGAUGUUUGCUUAUGAUUGUUGUAUGCAACUUGCUGACCCCAUCCCUGCGACUUUGUGUCGUCUUUCUAUACAGUACGAUUAUUGUAUGUGUCAUUUCCAACCGAGAGAUAUUAGACCCUCUUUCUACUUUUUUUUACUUUGCCUUGUUCACAUUUUGAACAGGAAGCGUACCAAUUUCGCUUUCUCUCGUUGAUGUCCGCCAUUUUGAACUAUUUUUUCAUAAAAAAUGUAUGAAAGUUGCACGAUUUUAAAUUGUACGGCUAUCUACAGGGCACGAUUUGCGUCGCAGGGAUGGUGUCAGCAAGUUGCAUACAACAAUUGUAAGCAAAAAUCGCAUUGUGUAGAUGGGCCUUAAUUAAAAGGCAUUGAACCAGACUAGUUUGAUAUACCAACAACUUUUUCCGCUUCCGAUACCAAAUUUCCCAAUUUUGAAACACCCCUUGGAGAAUGUAAUUCCCUCGAUGCAAUGCAGGUGGUUUUAGCUCCAUUUUUUUAAGCAUUUUAUAAAGUGUAUGCUAUGUACAUGCUAUGAAGCUAGUUUUGUUGGCAUGCUUUUUUUGAAAAUUUCAGCGGCCAUAACUGGAACAACUUCAUUUUUACUGCACUGAAACUUUGGUGAGAAGAUUCAGUUUCAAAACUCAAUUCAAGAUUGAGUUAAAAAAAUCCCUGAAAAAAACCCCUGACGAAGUAAGGUUUGAACGUAAAAAAUGACUUUCUAUUCAGUUCUGUAUACAGUUCAGUGGCUCAGACAACUUCAGAUUAUCGCCCGAAGACCUGGGAACGAACUUGCCGAAGAGCAUGCCAUAUAAAGCAUAAAUUAUGAAAUAAAUUAAUGAGGUUGAUUUAAUAAUACUGUAUUUUUGUUGAUUUUAAAAUGUUUAGCGAGCAAACAUUGUUAUGUUACAAUCGUGGUUGGGUCAAACAAUAUGUGGAAAGCAAAAGUAGCGAAGCUAAAGAGAUUAAAAUUGGAUUUAGUAAUAGUGCGUAUAUUUGAAAAAAAUUACCACCAAAUAUGGUAUCCCCCCCCCGUUUACAACACUUGUGACGUCAGUUACAUUCGGGGCGGGUUUUGGCGGGAAAAUCUGUAAUGUUUGGAGAAGACAAGAUGGCGCUGGUUACCUCGUGUUAUAUCAAAGGGCAUUUUUGUUCACAAAUACCCGCUUAUUUUACGUUAUAGCGACUGGUUAGUUUUGGAAAUUAUAACUCAAUGGACGGGGAAAACGAUUCUGUAUUAA